GGUGUCUGAAUUCAACAAAGACCCUUUCCUAUAUGACCACUUAACUCUUUUAUACUUCUCAACCUACACAAAUAAUUUGAACUACCAAAAAAUGGCUGGAAAGGCAAUCUCAGGACUUCCCUUCUUAUGCAUUUCUAUUCUUGCCCUUUUAUCCCCAUGCAGUUGCUAUCCCCUGGAAAAUGGUGGCGAUACCAAAGGGAUGUUUGUGUUCGGUAGCUCUCUGGUCGACAAUGGCAACAAUAACUUCUUACCAAACUCGUUGGCCAAAGCCAAUUAUCUGCCUUACGGAAUAGAUUUCCCUUAUGGCCCUUCUGGUAGGUUUACAAAUGGGAAAAAUAUGAUUGACCUUCUCUGUGAAAAGCUUGGUCUUCCUUUCGUCCCAGCUUUUGCUGACCCUUCAACCAGAGGAAGCAAAAUCAUCCAUGGUGUUAACUAUGCUUCUGGUGCUUCUGGGAUACUGGAUGACACUGGUUCACUGGCAGGAGAGGUGAUAAGCCUGAAUCAGCAAAUAAAAAACUUUGAGGAGGUUACAUUGCCAGAACUAGAAGGUGAAGUGGGCAAAAGAAGUGGAGAAUUACUGAAAAAUUACUUGUUUGUAGUGGGAACUGGAGGGAAUGAUUACUCACUCAACUACUUCUUGAACCCAUCCAAUGCAAAUGUCAGUCUUGAACUCUUCACUGCCAAUCUUACAAACUCACUGUCAGGCCAACUUGAGAAAUUGUACAAAUUAGGGGGUCGGAAAUUUGUGUUAAUGUCAGUGAAUCCAAUUGGAUGCUACCCAGUGGCGAAGCCCAACAGACCAACUCAUAAUGGCUGCAUUCAGGCUCUCAACAGAGCUGCUCACCUCUUCAAUGCUCACUUAAAGUCUUUGGUGGUUUCUGUCAAGCCACUGAUGCCUGCUUCUGAUUUUGUCUUUGUCAACUCUUAUAAGAUCAUUAGAGACCUCAUCAGGAACCCAGUAUCUAAAGGAUUUAAAGAUGCAAGCAAUGCCUGCUGUGAAGUAGCAUCCAUAAGUGAAGGUGGGAAUGGUAGCUUGUGCAAGAAAGAUGGGAGGGCCUGUGAAGACAGGAAUGGCCAUGUAUUCUUUGAUGGGCUGCACCCAACUGAAGCAGUCAAUGUUCUGAUUGCAACUAAGGCUUUUGACUCUAAUCUCAAAACUGAAGCUUAUCCAAUCAACAUUAAACAACUAGCCAUGCAUUAGAUGGGCUAGUUGCUUAAUUCUCCCUAGUCAUUUGGUUGGUUCAGCAACAAAAGUUUUAAUGAUAUACCAAAAGCCUUUAUAUAUCAAUAUGUACCUUAUGUAUAAAAGUAUGAACUUUAACCUGAGGAAGAUGCAUAUUUCAAUUUAAGUUGUCUCAAAUUUGAAUUUCUCUCCCUUCGUUUAUAAUAAGAAAAAAAGAAAAAAAAAAAAAAAGAAAUAUUGCAACUUGCUUGAUUACAAUUCAA